AUGUCUUCCUCAAACAUUGUAUCGUCUCUUUUUAACACUGGCAACGCGAACGCCUCGACCUUGGCCUGGGUCAUUCUUUGCGGCGUGGCUACAGUGAUAGCGGUCUACAAGUCUUGGACAAAGACGCCCAACGUCCCCCUUGUUGGAUUCGAUGUCAAGGAUUCGAAGCAGCGCAAGAACCAGUACAGCUUCAAUGCUCCGGGAAUAGUACAAAAAGGCUAUGAGCAGUUCAAGGACCGUAUUUUCGGCGUAGACACGGCAGACGGCAUCAAACUCGUAUUUCCUCACCAGUAUGUGGACGAAAUUUCGAAAGAGCCCGGCUUGAGUUUUCACAACUCACUUGAUCAUGACCUCUUGAUUGAUUACACCUACAUGGGCGGGUUGAAGCAGUUUUCGCUGUCGACAUUCAAGAAAGAGGUCGUUCCAAGCUUGCCGAAGUUCAUUCCUGAGUUCACGGAUCUCAUCGCGGAAUACAUCCCCACUGCCUUUGGAGACUCGACAGAAUGGAAUCCUGUCAAUCUUUACCCCAAGAUGCUCCGCAUGCUGGGUAUACUUACUGCUCGGGUCAUGGUUGACAACGAGGCACCUCACAAUGAAACCUGGAUUACUCUCACAACCGAGUAUGUCCAGUCUGGGGUAUCCUACGCUCACCAGCUGAAGUUCUGGCCCGAAUUCAUGAGACCCUUGGUACACCGGUUUCUCCCAGAGUAUGCCGAGAUCCAGAGACAGCUGAGUGACGGCCGCAAGAUCCUUGUCAAAGCCAUCGAGAACUUCAACACGCGGGAGGCUCAAGGGAUUCCGGAACCGCAACCUACCAGUGUCCUGUACCACAUGUCUCGCAAAGCAGCAGGCACAUCUUCAUCGGUCAUCGACAUGCAUCUGAAAGAACAGAUGAAUCUCGCCGUGGGAGGAAUUCAUACCACCUCCGCAGUCCUCACGCAAACGCUCUUCGAGAUGUCCGCGCACCCUCAGUAUGUGCCGGACCUGAGAAAGGAGGUCGUUGACACUUUGGCCAAGUUUGACGGCGUCCUGUCCAAAGCUGCCUUGUGGGACAUGCACAAGUUGGACAGCUUCAUUCGCGAGGCGCACCGACUGAACUCUCCCAAUUUGACUACGCUGCAACGUCGCGCAACUCAGGACGUCACCUUGUCUGAUGGCACAUUCAUCCCCAAGGGCACCAAGCUCGAAUUUCCAACCUUUGCCAUCCACCGGGACAGUGAUUUCUACGACAAUGCCGCUGAGUUCGACGGCUACCGGUUCCUCAGAAAACGCGCCGAAGACGAGGAGACCAGUGCCAAGCAUCACUAUGUCAGCGCUCGCAAGGACAUGCUUGGCUGGGGUUACGGCAAGACGGCUUGCCCCGGCAGAUUUCUGGCCGAUGUUGAGAUCAAGUUGAUUAUCGCGUUCAUCCUGCUGCACUACGACAUCAAGAACCCAGAGGGACAGGGGAGACACAAGCAUGUGCACUUUGAGAACCAGGUCUUCCCCGAUCCUGCAAAUCCUGUCUUGAUCCGCAAGAUCGAUGCAAAUUUGAAGAUGUAA